GCGACAGGUGCAUCACCCUUGGCGUGGCGCGCAGCUCCAGGUGCGAUUGCGCAAGUUUGAGCAAAUUACGGGGUAGCAGGGUAGGUACCAGUCAGCUGCUGUCGCCGGCAGGUGGCAGGGCUCAAGCCACUUUCUUGAAACCAGCUCGUCCUUCGCAUCCGUUAGUAAGUAGAUAUCUUUCGGUUCCUUUCCUCCCCUUUCCCUCCCCUGCCUCCCUUUAUCUCCACUGCACACCUACGAGCUUGCCUCAGCCUCGCGUCCGAACCACGUCAACCGUCCAACGGCCCGCCCGACAAGCCGCUUAGCGCCAACCUUGGCCCUUCCGACCCUCGAGAAGCCGGCCGAUCGCAUCCCGAGACCACCCCGCCCCCCCCCAAGACAAUGGACCACUCCCACAUGGACCACUCCCACAUGGAUCACGGCAACAUGGGCGACAUGCCCGGCCACGGCGGCCACGAUAUGCCCACGCACGGCGCCAUGUGCAGCAUGAGCAUGCUCUUCACCUGGGACACGACCAACCUAUGCAUCGUCUUCGAGCAAUGGCACAUCCGGUCCACCGCCGGUUUGCUCUUUAGCCUCAUCGCCGUCGUUCUUAUCGGAAUGGGCUACGAGGCCCUGCGCGCAGGCACGCGCCGCUACGAAGUCUUGAUGGACCGGAGGCUGGACUCUACCCCGAGGCAGAACAAGGCGCAGGUGAACCAGAGGACACACUUGGUCAAGGCGGUUCUGUACGCGGUGCAGACCUUUUACGCCUUCAUGUUGAUGCUGAUUUUCAUGACAUACAAUGGCUGGGUGAUGGUCGCCGUCACCCUGGGCGCCUUCUUGGGCUUCUUGGUGUUUGGAGCGCACACGCCUGUCAACAAGGAGACGCAAUGCCACUGA